AGCUCGGAGCGUUCAUUGUUUCCUGCAAACAAACAGCACAACUGUCCGCGGACUCAGGUGAAGAUACAAACUGUUGUGAAAAUGAGGAUCAGCAGUUGUGGCGUGCUCCUCCUCCUAUCCAGCUGUCUGCUCGGUGUUCACUCCCAUGCGGAUCCGCAGCAGCAGCAGCAGCAGGAGCAGCCUGUCAUAGAGAGUGGAACUCAGAUAACCGGCCAUGGUCACGGUCGCCUUGACAAGAACAUGAUCCAGGACAAAGACCACAUCAUGGAGCAUUUGGAGGGAGUGAUUGACACACCGGAGAAAGAAAUGUCGCCACAGGAACUUCAGCUGCACUAUUUCAAAAUGCACGAUUACGAUGGCAACAACCUGCUCGAUGGGCUGGAGUUAGCCACGGCCAUCACACAUGUACACAGAGAGGAGAGAGGAGAGAACAGCCAGCCAAUGAGAGAAGACGAUCUAAUAAAUCUCAUCGAUGACGUUCUGAAAGACGACGACAAAAACAACGACGGUUACAUAGACUACGCAGAAUUCGCCAAAUCGCUUGAGUAGAGCGUCACCACCUCUGACCUCCGUUUUCUUCACGUUCCAACAAAAAAAAACACAGACAUGAACCUGCAGAGAAUGUCAGCGAGCGCACGUGGUGUCAAAGUGACGCAACAAUCAGUCCCUUCUCUCAGUCAGGGUCGUAGGUCAUACAUGCAGUUUUAUUUUUUUCCAGGCUGGUAGCUGUGAAACUGGUUCUGCCAGUAAUUUUAAAUAAAAACAACAAAAGGAUGAUAACUAAUUAUCCUUCUCUUUAGCUUGAUUCUAGUGUGUGGUUAGGCCUCGCGGAGGGACACGUCUGCACCUUCUUGUUCAUGCAGGUUCAUUGAAAUUGUGCCAUUUUUAGGGUCACUUCAUCCAAAUUACUGACAAUGACACCGACAAAUUCUUUAGUAGCUCUCUAGUAGCAUCUAACCUUUGCUAUACAGUAUACAUUUUGUUCUAUUCUGCUGUGGAAACUUGUCAUUUGCAUGAACUGACCCUUUUUUUUUUUUUCAAAGCAGGAUUACUAUACUGUGUGUUCUGCUUCGAGUGGUUCUACAUUUCAUCACUUUAAAUGGACUAUUUCCAUUUCAAACCCUGAACAGCAUUCAUACCGUAACAUUAUCUAGCACACCAAAUGUGGACCAAAUGAUUCCUUCUGUGAAUCCUUUUUGUUUUGAGACAAAGCGCUUGUCCUCAUCACAUGACCUCAGAAAGUGGCCUUGAUUUGCUCAGAUGUACAAUAUAUAGUCUAAGUUUGUAGUGUUUGUAGAGAGUAGAGAACUUUGAAGUUAAGGAAGGAAGCAAGCAGAAGCGCACACAGUACUGAAAGCUGCCAGCAGAGGCUCCGCGCAGCACUAUAUAGAGCGGCACAUCCCGCCUCCUCUACACGUGCUGUCGUCCUAAUGAAGAUGGUAAAACCCACAUGAGCCAAUCACAGUUCUCGCCACUGUCGUCGGGCAGCCUCUGUCGUCACAAAGCGAAUGUAAAGCGGCCCCCGUACUCUGCGACGCUGACUCUUUAUCACUGGAUAAGCUAGACUUGAAGCACACUGGUUGACGCCGCAGUUUUUAUUUAAAAACAAAAACAAAGCUGACUUCCAGUACUGCACUUACAAUUAUUAACACAUGCUUCAAAUAUAUGCUGCCUUUAAAAAAAAAAAAAAAACAGAUCUGGAUGAGAAAUGUCAGGUCUAUGUGCAUCAAAGUUUGUUCAAUCCAUCUGUGAUUUCUUGUAAUUUACGAUUUUUUAUGGAUGAAUUCUAUAUAUUUUUUUGCCAUCCAGUAUUGAUUCUUCAAUCAAUUCAGGUUGUUGAAUGGAAAUAUUUAAAAAAAGAAAAACUGAAUAGCAUAACAGAUGCAACUGUGUUGUUUCUGGAAUGUGAAAUAUUAAAAUCUGUAAUCUACA